GGAAGUGAGUGUGCAUUUCCGGCGGCGAGAAGGGCCGGUCUCUGUUGCUCUUCGGAGUGAACGGCGGUUCUUUCCGUGCUGUUGUUCCCUUCCCGGUCCUACCAUGAAGGACGUCCCAGCUUUCCUACAGCAGAGCCAGAGCUCGGGGCCUGGUCAGGCCGCCGUUUGGCACCGGCUGGAGGAGCUUUACAAUAAAAAGCUCUGGCACCAACUAACAUUGCAGGUUUUGGACUUUGUGCAAGAUCCCUGCUUUGCUCAAGGAGAUGGUCUUAUCAAGCUUUAUGAGAACUUUAUCAGUGAAUUUGAACACAGGGUGAACCCUUUAUCCCUUGUAGAAAUCAUUCUUCAUGUGGUACGGCAAAUGACAGAUCCUAAUGUUGCUCUUACAUUUCUGGAAAAGACCCGCGAAAAGGUGAAAAGCAGCGAUGAAGCUGUAAUUCUAUGUAAAACAGCCAUUGGUGCUCUAAAAUUAAACAUUGGUGACCUGCAAGUUACAAAGGAGACAAUUGAACAAGUUGAGGAGAUGUUGAAUAAUCUUCCUGGAGUGACAUCUGUUCACAGCCGCUUCUAUGAUCUCUCUAGCAAGUAUUAUCAAACAAUUGGAAAUCAUGCCUCUUACUAUAAGGAUGCAUUAAGGUUCCUGGGCUGCAUAGAUGUCAAAGACCUGCCAGUGGCAGACCAGCAGGAAAGAGCUUUUACUUUAGGCUUGGCAGGACUCUUGGGUGAAGGAGUCUAUAACUUCGGGGAACUGCUUAUGCAUCCUGUACUGGAAUCUUUGAGGGACACUGACAGACAAUGGCUGAUUGACACCCUUUAUGCCUUCAAUAGUGGCAAUGUGGAAAAAUUCCAAGCAUUGAAAUCAUCAUGGGGCCAACAGCCAGACUUGGCUGCAAAUGAAACCCUUCUGCUGCAGAAAAUCCAACUACUGUGUUUAAUGGAGAUGACCUUCACCAGACCAGCUAAUCACAGGCAACUUACUUUUGAAGAAAUUGCUAGAAGUGCCAAAGUUACUAUAAAUGAGGUGGAGCUGCUAGUGAUGAAAGCACUCUCAGUAGGCUUGGUGAAAGGCAGUAUUGAUGAAGUGGAUAAAAAGGUUCACAUGACAUGGGUUCAACCACGUGUGUUGGAUUUACAACAGAUAAAGGGUAUGAAAGACCGUCUGGAGUUCUGGUGCACAGAUGUGAAGAACAUGGAAAUGUUGGUGGAACACCAAGCCCAUGAUAUCCUAACAUAGAGGACUUUGCACUGGCUGAGGAAAUAUCUUGUACUGUUGCUGAAACUGGCAGUGCCCUGACCACUGACUCUGUACUAAAUGCUAUUAAGGGGGGAGGGACUGGGGGAAACGUUUUGUCAUGCUUGUACAGAGAUCUAAGUGGCAUUUGCUGCAUGACCCUUUGGUGCUUGGAGUCAGGAAUUCCUUCCUAUGCACUAACAUUUGAGUAGUGUAUUCCUUGGGAGCAUUCAUCCUGUUGUCACCAAAAUGGGGUUUGGUAGUCUAUAAUGGCGAAUUUGUCUUGCUGUGAGUUUCCACUGGAGAAUGCUAGGUGCUCCAUAUACUAAAGGGGUGCAGGUCAUUAGCUCCACAGUAGGAUAGCAGCAAGACUUCCAUUUUGCACUUAUUGUGCAAGAAGGUAAAGCUGUCUUCAACCAUUGUCAGGCAUUUCUGAUGGGUGGACGGAAAGUAUGAUCUUUUUCCUGGAACCUUCCUGAUAGCUCAAAGGUAACAAAACUGGGAACUCACACUUUUUCCCAUUGCCUCCCCAUAUUUUGCAAUAAAGGAAAUUGCUCAGUCCCAUCGUGAGUUUUCUGAGAAUAAAGUCAUAAAUUUUGUGGAUUUGUUUUUAUAUUUUUUCUUUGGGUUUCCUCAUGUUUUACAAUAUUUUAUCCUGAAAUAUGAUGCAGUAAAACAACUGCUGGAAUAAAUGUCUCUGCCAUCCCU